AUGAGCACGGACAUCGACCUGGCAAUCGCGCUCUCGUUGAGUGAAGGCAGGACGUCAAACUUCGUGGACACUCGCCGUGAUAGCAGCAUAGCCCGCAGUAUUCAGGAUGAGGAUAUUGCACAAUGGCAGUCCACCCUGGGGCCGGGGCCGCUGCCGGAGAUGCAUGCGGACGACCGGCAGCUGCGGCUGGAGCGCACGCUGAGCGAGCGGCUGGCGGAGAGCGGCGCGCUGACUCAACACAUCCCUCGCACCAACAGUAUCGAGGAGGGCCCCGGGAUCGCCGACGUUGGAGAGUUCGGCGCCGAGCGGCUGCGCAUGCAGGAGCGGCUCGGGCGCUACUCCCUCUGCGAGCGCGAGGUCAAGGGCGACGGCAACUGCCAGUUCCGGGCGCUGAGUGAUCAGCUGUACCGGGCGCCGGGGUACUAUGAUCAGCUGCGGCGGGUGGCGGUGGAUGAGCUGCGGUCACAUGCGGACAGAUAUUCCCCCUACGUGGCCGAAGACUGGGGGGACUACCUGCGCCAGAUGGCCAAGUCUGGCACCUGGGGGGACCACCUCACCCUGCAGGCGAUUGCAGAUCACUUUGGCGUGAAGAUGUACAUCAUCACGAGCUACAGGGAGGGGGAAAUAAUUCAGAUCAACCCCAUUGGGCGCCUGCGCAGCGAGCGCGUCCUGUAUUUGAGCUUCUGGGCCGAGGUGCAUUACAACAGCGUGUUCCCCCGAGCAGAGCCUCCACCUGUGCUGCCCAAGGACAAGACACUGGGCAGCCGCAAAUUGUCGCAGCAGGUGCUGCCAGUGGGGUGCAAAUACUUCACCUACAGGGAGCUGGAGGAAGCUACUGGUGACUGGGCACAGAGCAAUGUGAUUGGAGAUGGCGGCUUUGGGCGUGUGUACAAGGGGCGACUGCGCAACGGUCUGCUCAUAGCAGCAAAGCGCUUGGACCGACACGGCCUCCAGGGAGACAAGGAGUUCAAUGUGGAGGUUAGCAUCCUGUCACGGCUGCACCACCCUGGCAUUAUCAAGCUGCUGGGAGUCUGCGUGGAUGGUGACCAGCGCAUCGCUGUCUUUGAGCUCCUCUCGCGCGGCUCCCUAUCUAGCGCGCUGGGCAAUUCUAAUGACAGCGAGAGUGCACGGUCAGCUGGGGGCCGUGAUCCAAGCAAGCAGCUGUCUCACGUGCUGACAUGGCAGCAGAGAAUGCAGAUCGCUCUGGGGCUUGCUCAGGGCCUCUCCUACAUGCACCAGGAGAGGCUCGUGCACAGGGAUGUGACGUCGGGCAAUGUGCUGCUGACGGAGGGCGCCCAUGCGCGCAUAGCCGACCUCGGCCUGGCACAGAGGCUGACCAUGCCGGACUCCAUUGUCAUUGCUGCGCCUGUGGAGGCAGACAGCAUCCUCAUGGGCACCUACGGCUAUGUGGCGCCAGAGUACGCCAUGUCAGGCGAGCUGAGCCAGAAGACGGAUGUGUAUGCAUUUGGCGUCGUGCUGCUGGAGAUCCUGACUGCAAAGCCGGCGGUGGACGGCUCCCGCCCCCCAGGCUGCCAAAUGCUGUCGGAGUGGCUGUUGCCAUCCCUCAGCAGCGUGGACAGAAUCUGGGAGCAUCUGGAUCCUGCCCUGGAUAUUGGCACAGUAGCUGCGCCCCAGCUUGCGACGCUAGCAGAUGUUGCUCUUGCCAGCCUCUCAAAGAACCCCUCCGACAGGCCGCGCAUGACGGAUGUGGUGCGGGUGUUGGAGACGGCAGCAGCCUUCAAGCCAGACCCCUCAGCCGCCAGUCCCAGUGCCGCAAACAGACCUGCUUUAAACCUGAUCGACGCAGCUGCCGCGCCUGUGGGCCAACUGUCCGCCUUUGGGGACCCAUUUGCCAGCAACCCCUUUGCUGUUGGCGCUCCGCCAGAAUCCAAUCUGCACGCCCCUCUGUGCACAGGCAUGCCAGGAGCGACGGAUCCGGGCAGGGGCCAUGCAGGGGGCAGCUCCGCGGCAGCUGCCGUGACGCCGCAGCGCGGCUCUCCCGUCAGCCCGGUGCGCCAUCUGGGCCACCUGUCGUCCUCUCGCGCGGCGCACGCGCUGCCCAAAGCGCAGCCGGAGGACUUUGCCAGCCCGCUGCAGUCGGGCCUGCGCUUUGGCGUCAUGUCUCAGGUCUCCCCUGACGUCGGCUCUGCCUUCGGCCGCAGCUCUGCAACCGACCAGGCGGCAGGAUCGGGGCGCAGCAAUGACAGGGAGGUGUCAUCUGUGGCCUCGUCGCCGCUCUUCGAUGCCAUGGCGAGCCGCCAGAGCUCCCCGGCCGCAUCCUCUGGCGCGCCUCAGCAGCGUGAUGAAGCAAGCCAGUCGCCCAGCCAAUUGGGGAGUAACACGAUAAGCUUGCUCAACUACCCCGCCGACCAAUUCUGGCCCCACAGGGGUGGAAGUACAGCGGCUCCCGAGGAGCCCAGCAGCAGUGACACCGGCCCUGGCCCGCCGGUGGGAUCUUCCUUCGCGGCAGCUGUGCGGCGGAAGGAGUGGCGCGUGGCCGGACCGCCGUCGGCGCCGUCUUUCGGGGACGAGCCUGCCGGCUUCAGUGGAGGCAGCGGGACCCAGAACAGGCAACGGCAGCGAGCCGGAGGGGGGGGACUUGGGGGACCACUGGCAGAUUCGGUGGCGAGCCUGACAAUGUCGGCAGACAGGCCCCCCGGCCGGCAGACGUAUUCUCACGCUCCCGGGGAGAUCUUCGGCGCGCUGCAGCCCAUCGUCGAUGAGGAGGCGGCCGGCCCUCCUGAGGCAGCGAAGAAGGGGGUGGAAGGGGCGGGGCUGAGCCCCUCAGUGGCGCGCAGGCGCAGCUCGGGGAACCCAUUCAAGGACGAGGAGUGCAGCACGCCGCCUAAUAGAAGCUCUGCUGAGCGGAGCGGCUCCGGCAACCCUUUUGCGGUGGCCGGUGGGGGAGAUGUGCAGGGGCGUCCCGGGCCCUCGGAUGGGGCGCAGCUGCACCUGGAUAACAGCAGGGAAGCUGAGGUGCACUGGCCCUGCGCACAGCUGGACCCAGCGUUCCUGCAGCUGUCCCCAAAGCCGCUGGCAGCCUGA